GAUCAGACGAGUGCUAAUGCUAAUGAUGCUAAACGACCUGUGCGUGGAAAUACGCGUUUGCGCGUGAUUACCGCUGAUCAUAUCUGUUAAAUGUCACGCUGACGUGUCGCGCGCGCGAGCCAGCCGUCUUGGUUCUAUGACUUCUGACGUUCCGAGCGCGUGAAAACGUAACGCUCGCGAGUUCCCAGCGCGUGUAAACGUAGCGCUCGCGAGUAGUUCCCAGCGCGUGAAAUGUAACGUUAGUGAGAGGUCUGAGGCUCAGAGAUAUACAGUAGGAACACAGCGCGUCUAAUGACGUCCUGAUUACGUGACACGGAGAGCUGAAGUGAAGUGAAGCAGGGGACGAGGACACACCAGCGCUGACGGGGACACUCCAGUGUUGACAGGGACACACCAAAUCCAAAGAUGAGGAAGAGUUUAGACCAGGAGUUUCUUGCUGAAGUUGUUAUUCGCCUGCUUCUGCUGGCUGUCUUUCUGGCGACUGAGCAGCUGGCACCGUUUACCCGACAGAUCCAGCCUGAGGAAAUCUGGCUUUACAGGUUCCACCAUGUGAAGAGUGACCAUGUUCCUACCUCACUCAUGUUCAGCAUCGCUCUCUUUACACCCCUGGUCACCGUUCUGUUAUUUGCGUUCAUGAAAAGAACUGAAAAAGGCGAGGUUAAAGAGGCUUCGUUAGCUGUGACGUUGACUCUUCUUCUGAAUGGAGUUUUCACCAACGCAGUAAAGCUCACUGUGGGAAGGCCGCGUCCCGAUUUUAUGUACCGCUGCUUUCCGGAUGGUAAGAUGAACGAGGAGUUACAGUGCAGCGGCGACCCAGAAGUGGUCACAGAGGGGAGGAAGAGUUUCCCCAGCGGACACUCAUCAUUUGCGUUUGCCGGACUGGGCUUUACGGCUCUCUUCGUGGCUGGGAAGCUGCACUGUUUCAGUCCGGCCGGUCGGGGAAAAGCAUGGCGCCUGUGUGCCUUCCUCACACCUCUACUCUGUGCCAUCCUGAUCGCCAUCUCUAGAACCUGCGACUACAAACAUCACUGGCAAGAUGUGUUAGUGGGAUCACUGCUGGGGUUGACCUUCUCGUACCUGUGUUACCGGCAACAUUACCCGUCACUCACCGAGUCUGAUUCCCAUAAACCCCUGAGGUUCAGAGACUUAAAACCCGCAGUACAGGAUAGCAAGCAAGCCAAUACAGGAUUCCUCUUGCCUCUCUAGGGAUUCUGAAUCUUGAACUGUGAUGGACAUGUCCUCAUUCACAGCCCUUAAGCUGAUGCUGCCGGUAUGUGUAUAUGUGAGUGCGAGUGCAAGACCUUGAAGUCCCCGUUUAGGUCUGGCCUUUAUAAGAACACAUACAAACUUUAAAAAUAAAGAAAAAAGUACUUUGUGUAUUACAGAUAUUUGGAUUUGUAUUGGACCACGAACAGUCUGGGGUUUCUGAAAUGGGUUUUGACUAUCUGUUUAAAUAUCAUAUUUGUCCCUUACUCGUUGUGUUUUUAACUGUCAAUAAAACAUUUGUAAACUUUG